AUGAGCUUGCUUGGCUUGCCUUGGACAUCUGAAAAAGACCUCGAGGAUAUCGACUUUGCAGAUGACCUCCGUCUUAUAGCAACCACGCGUGAGCAACUCCAAGAUAAAGCGGAAGAUCUAGCAGAGGAGGCUGAAAAGGAAGGGUUGCGCAUUAACUACAAGAAAACAAAGGAAAUGCGCCACAAUACCACCGAUUCAACUCCGCUGCUGAUUAAGGGAAACCAGAUCGAACAAGUGGCGAGCUUUUGCUAUUUGGGCAGUAUUGUCGACCAGAGUGGAGGAACGGAGGCUGACAUUGCAACUCGAAUAAACAAAGCCCGAGCUGCAUUCAGCCAGCUUAAACCUGUGUGGAACUCCUCUAUCCUAACGAGAAGAACUAAAGUGAGGAUCUUCAACUCCAAUGUAAAGGCCGUGCUACUGUACGGGUGCGAAACCUGGUUUGUCCGCAAAGACCUAAUGACAAAACUCCAAGUAUUUGUGAACAAAUUCUUAAGGCAAAUCCUACAUAUCUUUUGGCCUAACUGGAUCACAAACGCUCACUUAUGGAGAAUAACCGGACAAGCCCCCGUACACAAGGAGAUCCAGACGCGGAAAUGGCAUUGGAUUGGACAUAUCCUCAGGAAACCUGACACCCACCUAUCCAAAGUGGCCCUGACCUGGAAGAUGCCCGGCAAACGGAAACAUGGUCGCCCUAAAUCGACUUGGCGCCGUUCUGUGAAGCAAGAGCUGGGUGUAUUGGGGAUAGGGUGGGAGGAGGCUACCCAAGCUGCCCAGGACCGGAGUCAGUGGAAGAAAAAGAUUCGAGCCCUACACCCCAGCAGGGGGUAA